GGCCCCGCCCUCUGUGGUCCUGCUCUCCGGUGCUGAGCUGGUAGUGCGGCGGUUACUGUGUGUGCGCAGCCAGCAGACAUGGCGGGCCGGUCUAUGCAAGCAGCUCGAUGCCCUACAGAUGAACUAUCUCUCACCAACUGCGCCGUUGUCAAUGAGAAAGAUUUCCAGUCUGGCCAGCAUGUGACCGUGAGAACUUUCCAAAAUCACAAGUUCAUCUUUACUGUCAAGACCCAUCACACUGUGCUGCCAGGAACGAUUGCAUUUAGCCUUCCCCAGAGAAAAUGGGCUGGUCUCUCCAUCGGACAGGAUGUGGACGUGUCGGUUUACAACUUCGACAAGACAAAGCAAUGCAUCGGCACUAUGACCAUAGAGGUGGACUUCUUGCAAAAGAAGAGUGUGGACUCCAAUCCAUACGAUACAGAUCGAAUGGCAGGAGAAUUUAUCCAGCAGUUCAACAAUCAAACCUUCUCCAUCAGCCAGCAGCUUGUGUUUACGUUUAAUGACAAACUGUUUGGGCUGGUGGUGAAAGACAUCGAGGCUAUGGAUCCAAGCAUUCUUAAGGGAGAACCCUCGGUGGGCAAGAGACAGAAGAUUGAUGUGGGGCUGGUGGUAGGCAACAGCCAAGUAGUGUUUGAGAAGGCAGACUCUUCAUCACUAAACCUCACAGGCAAGUCAAGGACCAAGCAAGGACGUCAGUCUAUUAUCAACCCAGACUGGAACUUUGAGAAAAUGGGGAUAGGAGGUCUGGACAAAGAGUUUUCAGAUAUCUUCAGACGAGCUUUCGCCUCGCGUGUAUUUCCACCUGAGAUCGUAGAGCAAAUGGGAUGCAAACACGUGAAGGGUAUUCUUUUGUUUGGGCCUCCUGGUUGUGGUAAAACCCUCAUGGCCCGACAGAUUGGAAAAAUGUUAAAUGCCAGGGAGCCUAAAGUAGUGAACGGUCCGGAAAUCCUGAACAAGUACGUGGGGGAAUCUGAGGCCAAUAUCCGCAAGCUGUUUGCUGACGCAGAGGAAGAGCAAAGAAGGUUGGGUGCCAACAGUGGGCUGCAUAUCAUCAUCUUUGAUGAGAUAGAUGCCAUCUGCAAGCAGAGAGGAAGCAUGGCGGGGAGCACUGGCGUCCAUGACACUGUUGUCAACCAGUUGCUAUCUAAAAUUGAUGGCGUGGAGCAGCUCAAUAACAUCCUAGUUAUAGGAAUGACCAACAGGCCGGAUCUGAUUGACGAAGCUCUGUUAAGACCUGGGAGGCUGGAGGUGAAAAUGGAGAUCGGUCUGCCAGAUGAGAAGGGGCGUCUGCAAAUCCUGCACAUCCACACUGCGCGCAUGAGGGAGCACAGUCUGCUCUCCACGGAUGUGGACAUACCAGAACUUUCUGUGGAGACCAAAAACUUUAGUGGGGCUGAACUGGAAGGGCUGGUGAGGGCCGCGCAGUCCACUGCCAUGAACAGACAUAUUAAGGCCACAAACAAAGUAGAGGUUGACAUGGAGAAGGCUGAAUGUCUGCAGGUGACCAGGAGUGACUUCCUAACUUCUUUAGAGAAUGACAUAAAACCUGCUUUUGGUACCAACCAAGAAGACUAUGCCAGCUACAUCAUGAAUGGUAUCAUAAAGUGGGGUGACCCCGUAACCCGUGUCAUGGGCGAUGGUGAACUUCUGGUCCAGCAAGCCAAAAACAGUGACCGAACACCUCUAGUCAGUGUCCUUCUAGAAGGACCUCCGCACAGCGGCAAAACUGCAUUGGCUGCCAAGAUCUCUGAGGAAUCCAACUUUCCAUUCAUUAAGAUCUGCUCACCGGAGAAGAUGAUCGGAUUCUCUGAGACGGCCAAAUGCCAGGCCAUGAAAAAGAUUUUUGAUGAUGCUUACAAGUCACAGCUGAGCUGCGUAGUAGUGGAUGAUAUUGAAAGACUACUAGAUUAUGUACCUAUUGGUCCUCGUUUCUCCAAUUUGGUGCUUCAGGCCCUCCUUGUACUUCUGAAGAAGGCCCCUCCACAAGGUCGCAAGCUGCUAAUUAUUGGCACCACUAGUCGUAAGGAUGUUUUACAGGAAAUGGAGAUGCUUGAUGCCUUCAGCACUACAAUCCACGUUCCAAAUAUCUGCACAGGAGAGCAACUCAUGGAAGCUCUGGAGCUUCUGGGAAGCUUCAAAGACAAUGAAAGAGCCAUCAUCUCCAAGCAAGUUAAGGGUCGGAAAGUUUCCAUCGGAAUCAAGAAGCUUCUAAUGUUGAUUGAGAUGUCCAUGCAGAUGAACCCAGAGUAUCGUGUUAGCAAGUUCCUUGCUCUUCUAAAAGAAGAGGCUGGAGAUAUAACCCGCCGUGAGUUUGAAUAGAUGUACCCCCUGGAGCGGCGCAAUGUUGGAUUCCGUGUUCACAAGUCACAUUCCUCACAAAUCCGCUUUGCCAGGAAGUUCGGUUUCUGAAGCCCUUAUCCACUGGCUCUCCAAAUUUGUGUCACACGGACGUGCAUGCCGCUCUACUAAAUCUUCACACUCUUUCGAAAUCACUUCCCUUUCAUGAAAUAAAAAUUUCUCUCUCUGCUUUACGCAGUCUGAAUGCCUCUGGCAAGCUGUGGUCCUGUUCCAGUGUUUUGGUAGCAAUUGCUGUAAAUCAAGCACAUCUUCCCAGCUGGACGGUUGUCGCGUUUGGUUGAUUUUGCCCAAAAUUUGUGAGGAACCAACCUUUAGCGUGCUGGGUUAUUGGGUAAAUCUGGCCAACUCACUGUCUCCUGGUUCGUUGUAAUGUAGCUGUAUGAAUAUUAUUUGUACCAAACCUGAUCAGACUGGGGGUUCGAAUGCUUCAGAGUUAAAAUUCUACCAACAUGUGGCUUUCUAGAUGAUCAGGAAGUGGAAGUAGUCUACCAGCAUUUCACUUUCUAGAAAAUCGGAAAGUAAAAGUCAUCUUAUUCCACGUGGGUCUGUAGAAGAUCAGGAAGUGAAAGUCAUAUGCUGGGAAGAUUGGCUGUUUAUAUACCUCUCCCCGUUGCAUGUCUUUGUGGGCUUAUUAUUCUACGCCCGUGUCCUCUGGCAAUAUGGAGCCACCAUGCCUCCUUCCUCAGUUUAAUCUGCAUCCUCCGUGGCUUUUCCUUUCUGGUAAUGAGUGAUGUGAUUCUGUGGUUGCUUUUAUUUAAUGCCCACUUUCUUCUCCAUGGCCCCGUGACGAUCAUUUUCAUUUUUUAUUUUUUGGACACAUUUCCCACCCUCCGUCCCAAGUUAUGUGUAUAUUUUUAUUGUGAAUUUUUAUGUCGCCCAUGCUGUAAUGAAUAUUCUGUGAGUUAUCGCAGCUGAUGAUGGCUGCAAUAAAGAAAUUAUUUAUCGGA